GAGGCCGCGCCUUCUUUUUGACGGAGCGAUUCCACCCUCGCAAGAAGCGAAGCGAACGGAUCAGACAAGUCGGCGACGAUGCUGGGAUUCCUGGGGUCCGUGUUGCCGCUCUUGGCCUUGGUCCCUCUUUCAGUAUUUGUGCUAGUGCCGUAUGUCAGGAAGUAUUUUGGAGGAAGGGUGUGCAAGUCUGCAGUGCAAUUGAAUGGGAAAGUUGUAGUGAUCACUGGAGCCAACACUGGUAUAGGGAAGGAAACAGCGCAAGACCUUGCAAGAAGAGGUGCCAGAGUCAUCCUUGCUUGCAGAGAUAUGGCAAAAGCAGAAAAGGCAGCCCAUGAAAUCCGGAUCCAGACGGGAAACCAAGAGGUUACAGCAAAAAAACUAGACUUGGCAGACACCAAAUCUAUCAGAGAAUUUGCCAGUAAUUUCUUGAAAGAGGAGAAAGAACUCAACAUACUCAUCAACAAUGCAGGGGUUAUGAUGUGCCCCUAUUCAAAGACAGCUGAUGGUUUUGAGACGCAUUUUGGAGUCAACCAUCUUGGCCAUUUUCUUUUAACAUUCCUGCUAAUAGAACGCCUGAAACAAAGUGCACCAGCUCGUAUUAUAAAUGUGUCUUCGUUGGCUCAUCAUAUGGGGAGGAUUCACUUCCAGAAUCUCCAGGGUGAAAAGUUCUACUUUCGGGGCCUGGCAUAUUGUCAUAGCAAAUUGGCCAAUAUUCUUUUUUCACGGGAAUUGGCUAGACAUCUACAAGGUACUGGUGUCACUGUAAAUGCUUUGCAUCCAGGUACAGUUUUUUCUGAACUUGUUCGUCACUCCUUUACACUAAAAGUUUUGUGGAACAUAUUUGCUAUCUUCGUGAAGACACCUUGGCAAGGAGCUCAGACCAGCAUAUAUUGUGCAGUGACAGAGGAACUGGAGACAGUCAGUGGAAAGUAUUUCAG